AAAACGAUAAUCAAACACAAACCAGCCGUACAGCAAAAGCCCCAUCUGCCUCUUGGUUGGGUAGGUUUCACAGGCUCACGGAGGGAAAUGCACAUGCGCACAUGGCCCUAAACCCACACAGACGAAACCCCUCUGUGGAGAAGCCAGCCACAGGAAACUCACUUCUGCACAGGAACUUGCUAAUCGCUUUUGUCACUUUCGGAGUGUUCCUACUGCCUUGGUCACCUCGGACACCGAGGCCAACCACCUUAGGCUGGACUCUGCUAGCCCAGCGUUACAACUUUUCCGUCAGUGACUCAUUGGGAACCUUGUGGAGGAGAGAGAGAGAGGUAGACCCCAGGAGGAACUCUCAUCAGUGAUAGAUUUGAACUACACUAGCUUUUAUAUGGCGUGGAGAGCUACUUAGACUUCCGGAGUCAGUCAUUUUGCUGUUGAGACUUGGCAUUCUGCUACAGUGGCUUUGAAGAGAGCAUGGGACCAGAAGUCCAGUGGACUGUGAAAAAGACUUGACCUUCUACCUCAUUAAUGGAGGGCCAUAUUUGCUGUGGAGGGUGUUCUUACGGUACCUGAUGUCACCCUAGGCCAGCAGUUCCCAAAGUAGGUGAGAUCUACUAGAACCUGAGGCCACGCAUGCACAGCUGCCUUUGCCCCCGUUGCCUUCCUGCGUCUUGGUCAGUCAAGAGCUGUUCACGAGUCAUUCACCAGUUGGCAACCAAGCUUCAGAGGCUUUCCAAGCAGUCUCCGUUUCUCGCCUGGGCAGACUGGAGAAGUACUAUCUAUAAUUGAUGUCUGAGAUUCUGAGAGCAUAAGCCCUGGUUGCUGUCUCCUUACUCUAUGGGACUGCUACAGUAGCCCACUGAGCCCAAGAGCCCUUGAGGGUUCUUUCCCUUGGGAUCCCCGGACUCUUAAAUACGACGUCAGACAAGGACGAUGCUGAGCUCUAUCAAGUGCGUGUUGGUCGGGGACAGUGCUGUGGGAAAAACCUCCCUGUUGGUGCGCUUCACCUCUGAGACCUUCCCAGAGGCCUACAAACCCACUGUGUACGAGAAUACGGGUGUGGAUGUCUUCAUGGAUGGCAUCCAGAUCAGCCUGGGUCUCUGGGACACUGCCGGCAAUGAUGCCUUCAGAAGCAUCCGCCCCCUGUCCUACCAGCAGGCAGAUGUGGUACUGAUGUGCUACUCCGUGGCCAACCAUAGUUCUUUCCUGAACUUGAAGAACAAAUGGAUUAGCGAGAUCAGGAGCAACCUACCCUGUACCCCGGUGCUGGUUGUGGCCACACAGACUGACCAGAGAGAGAUGGGACCUCACAGGGCUUCCUGCAUCAAUGCCAUAGAAGGGAAGAGACUUGCUCAGGAUGUGAGGGCCAAGGGCUACCUGGAGUGCUCAGCCCUUAGCAACCGAGGAGUACAACAGGUUUUUGAAUGUGCUGUCCGAACUGCUGUCAACCAGGCCAGGAGACGAAACAGAAGGAAGCUGUUUUCCAUUAACGAAUGCAAGAUCUUCUAAACCCUGAGGUCCUGUACCCAACAUUCAUGAAUGAACCUCAAAGGCUCAUGGGAGAGGAGAAGGGGCCAGCCAAGAGGACCGAUGCUCUGCCUUGGCACAUCUAAACAAUCUUUCUGCAGCUCGGGUUAUAGGGAAGUCUGCCGCUGAUGCUCCCACCAGCUCUCCUCUGCAGAUGAACUCUGCCCAGCACACCAGAGAGAUUUCUUGAGCAGCCAUAUGAAUAGUCUAUCUUCAAUGAGAGACUAAAACAACCAUCCAAAUUUAGACAAUGAAGUGCAUUUCACAACUAUGCCAUAUUUAAACCCACAUCUUAUUUAAAUAAUAACCAAAUAUAGAGCUCUUGCUUUCAUGCUUGGGAAGUCUUGUCUUUGGAAAGGCAAACUGCCGUAUGAGGAAAAUGACCUUAUGGGGUUCAACCAUGUCUGUGGUGUUAUUACUUACUCCUAAAUUUAAUUUCGUUGGAACUA